AUGGUAUGUCCGGAAGCGCCGGCAUUUAGCGACGACGACGAUAACCGCCCCACAUCGGCCACGGGUUCGCCCCUACAGCAAAAGUCACACCAACACCACAGCUCCGGUAUUAGCGCUAAUAAGCCGUUCGUAAUAACGUUACAAAACGCCGGCCACUUUGCGCCCAACGCACAGCAACUAUCGUCCAGUAGUUCCAGUAGUUAUAACACCAGUUCCUCUUCAACGGCACUCCAAUCACUGUUCAAUAGCUCCGGACAUCACAAUCUAAAUCAGCUAAACAACUCUUCGCAGAUGAACAACAUGUCACCGAUGGUUAACCACAGCGACACUGAGUCAAUACCCUCCCGGCCUAACAGCGGGAUACAGACCUUCAACAUCCCGCCGCCCAAUCCGGCCAAUCAAUCGCUCGGCUCUAUCAGCAGCACGUCGUCCACCGAUCGUUACGCGUGUUUUGCGGAGAUUCACUCAAUCGGCUCUUCCAUCUUCGACUCACUGGUGGACCAAAUCGCCGCCGAAACCGACGUUGAGCUCAAGGGUCAGCCGUCGUCGCCGCAGAAGUCACUGAACAACAGUUCCCAAAACGGUAGCUAUGGUAGCGCCAGCCCUUACGGUGGACAACAGCAACACCAACAUCAGCACCGGUUAUCGUCGUCGUCGCUAAAUGCCGGCGCUUCCGGACAUACUGUCCACCAGAAUACCAAUCACAACCCCAACAAUCACUUGUACUACUCGUUCGAUAACCCAUUGAAUAGCGAACAGCAGAAGAAUAACUUCUUAUUCAGUCAACAACAGAAUCACAGCAGCUAUCAGAACCACUUUAACCAGAAUUUUGGU